UUAGAACACGGGGUAGUUUGUUUACUGCCAGGUGUAGGGAGGAGAGAGAUCCUCACCCACACUACUUCUGUUGUGUGGGAGACUCAACCCACACGUUCACCACUUAGAUACUUGCCAGCACUCAGGUGCACGGCUCAGUCACCUCUCAGCGGCAUUAGUCACCACUGUGAGGCUUCAUCUAGGGGUUGAUAAUCUCACCAUGGCCGUCAUGAAGCUCUUCCUUGCUGUUUACGUAGUGUUUGUGGGAAGCGUCUCUGCACUGUAUUCUGCUUCCAGUGGAGUGAUUGAUCUUACACAAUCAAACUUCCAGCGAGAGGUAAUAAACAGUGAUGAAGUAUGGGUAGUUGAAUUCUUUGCUCCCUGGUGUGGGCAUUGUCAAGCACUGGUUCCAGAAUACCAAAAGGCUGCUCAGGCUCUGAAAGGAGUUGUGAAAGUUGGUGCUGUUAAUGCUGAUGAACAUAAAGGUUUGGGAGGACAGUACGGUGUACGUGGAUUUCCUACUAUCAAAAUAUUUGGCCUAGACAAAAACAAACCAGAAGAUUUUAAUGGACAGCGAACUGCUCAAAGUAUAGUUGAUGCUGGCAUGAAGGCUGCUAAGGAUAAAGUGAAUGCUCAGUUGUCUGGAAAGAAGAGCAGUGGUAGCAGUGGUGGCAGUGCCGAUGAUGUCAUAGAGCUGACAGACAGCAACUUUGAGAAACUAGUUCUAAAAUCAGAUGAACAAUGGCUUGUUGAAUUCUUUGCUCCCUGGUGUGGACAUUGCAGAAACUUGGCACCUCACUGGCAAAAAGCAGCAACAGAGCUAAAAGGCAAGAUUAAACUAGGAGCUUUGGAUGCUACAGUACAUACUGUUACAGCUAGCAAGUAUGGUGUACAGGGCUACCCUACUAUCAAGUUUUUCCAAAAAGGAGAUGUAGAAGACUAUGAUGGAGGCAGAACCUCUUCUGACAUAGUGGCCUGGGCUAAUGAUAAGGUUUCAGCAAAUGUCCCACCUCCAGAGAUAAAGCAGAUUAUUGGUGAAGAGAGUUUAAAAGAUGCUUGCAAAGAACAUCCCAUUUGUAUUAUUGCAGUCCUUCCUCACAUUCUAGAUUGUCAAAGCAAGUGCCGCAACAAUUACAUUAGUGUGUUGACUAGACUUGGUGAUAAGUACAAACAAAAGAUGUGGGGUUGGGUUUGGUCUGAAGCCAUGGCUCAGACUGAUUUAGAGCAAGCUUUGGAUAUUGGUGGCUUUGGUUAUCCAGCUCUAGCCGCACUUAAUGCCAAAAAGAUGCAGUUUGCUUUAUUAAAAGGAUCAUUUAGUGAAGAAGGAAUAAAUGAAUUCCUUCGUGACAUUUCUUACGGACGUGGACGAACCUCUCCAGUUCGUGGUGCUCAGUUACCUUCUAUAUCAAAAACAGAACCUUGGGAUGGCAAAGAUGGUGCUUUGCCUGAAGAAGAAGACAUUGAUCUCUCUGAUAUUGAUCUGGAUGAUUUAGGUGAAGGUGGAAAAGAAGAAUUGUAAAUAUGAGUACUUUAGCCAUAAUUUUAGUUCUCCAGGUUGAAGUGGAGGGAUAAAAAGUAAACGAAGGCAUAUUUUUCUCAUGUUGAGAACAUUAAAUGCAGCUUCAGGUUGUUUUGGCUGUGAACCAAGGUCUGAAGUAGACAUGCCUUACAAUAAUUGAAAGAUCGAAAACCAGACUUUUUAACAGGGAGAGGAAUGCAUUAACAAAUUUGUUGCCUACAUUAAUCCAAAAUAGAUAGGCAUUUUCUUUGUUAAUCCAAUCCAAAGGCCAAAAAUGCUUAAAGGCAUUUACAUUCCAGGAAUUUGCAAUAACUGUUUACUAAACCUUUGUCAAAUCUUUGUGAUAACUUUGUGAAAACCUGGUGUAGUACCAUAUUCUGAAUAUUUAAUAGUAAGUUCUUGGAGUGGAUAAGGUUUUUUUUAGUGUUCAUAAGCAGAAUUCCUUGUGCUAAGCACAUUGUCUUUGAACACUACUCCUUAAUAAUUAGAUUUUGGUAAUUAGCAAGCAAUUAAUUUAAUACAUGCAUUUGUUUCAUUGAUGCACAAAUGUGUUCUAUUGUGUGAUUUUUUGAAAUAAAUUCUUUUGUCUA